AAUUUUCUCCAAUAUACAUUAUUUCCUAUUUGUCAACCAAAAACAAAACAUGAACACUUCUAUUCAAACCUACUCUAAUUAGUUUUAGAAGACACGGAGAAAAAACAGAAACGCGUGAACCAUGGCGAGAAAGUUCGUUCCUGCUUUGAUUAUUUCUCCAUCCUUUAUCACCACUUCACCUAUAUUUCUAUAUAAACAAACUCACACAUAGUUGACGUCAACAAACUCAGAUCCUUUCCUCAUACAACAAAAUGGAAUACAAAACCUUGCAACUCAAUCUCGCAUCAGCGAAAGAUCUCAACAACGUUAACCUCCUCUCCAGAAUGCAAGUAUACGCCGUCGUUUCAAUCUCCGGCGACCCGGCCAAUAAACAAAAGACUAAAACACCCCUUGACAGAGAAGGAGGUACUAACCCUGCUUGGAGUUUCUCAGCUAAACUCAGUUUCAAUGAAUUGCUAGCUCGCCAGAAUCGUUUGACUCUCGAAAUCAACCUUCGCUGUUCGGGGAGCCUCGCCGUCGAUAAAGAUGUUGGUAGCGUCCAAGUUCCUCUAACUGAGCUUCUCAAGCAAACUGGUGAUGGAAAAAACUUCGAACAUGUUAGUUACCAAGUUAGAAAACCGAAUGGAAAACCAAAAGGUUCGUUUAAUUUUUCCUACAAAAUCAAUGAGUCUGUGAACCAUAAUCAUAAGGUGGAGCUGGAACCUGUUAUGGUUACCGGUUAUCCUUCUCCGGCGAUGGGGUCUAAUUCGGCACCUUACCCUAUUGUGUAUCCUCCUCCUCCUCCGACUCAGCCGCAAUAUCCGGACGGAUAUACGUAUCCAUCGCCUUCACCGUUGUACGGUGAGCAUCAACAAACUCCGGUGGAUUACUUUUACCCGACACAAAAUGGCUAUGUGUACCCGCCUCCACAUGGAGUACCGGUUGCAAAGAGUUACUUUUAAUUUUCUGUGUAUUGACUUUUUUUUUUUUUCCUUUGAUUUUGUUUAGUUUUUUUGUUUAGGAUAUUAUUACAUGUUUCUGCACAGUGUAGAAGCUGUUACUUUUAUGGUUUUUGAUGUAUAGGAUCUGACAUAAAACCAGAAGCUUCUUUUGUAUGUAUUUGUUCAAGUUAAGUUAUGAUCAGGACAAGUAAAAUAAACAACAGUAUGUGCUUGAGAAUUAACAACUGUUUGUAAGAAAUGUUAGUCUCAAAUUAAUGUGAAUAUGUAAAACGAAAAUGCUAUUUUUACACCAAUUCUUACACUUACACCGUAUGUACGGACGACACUGUUCAUAUACGGACGAAUACUAUUCAUGUACUGACGAAUACUAUUCAUGUACGAACAUUUAUUUGUAAUACCUGGACGUGCAUUAACCAACUUCAUUACUGCAUU